AUGCCCUCCUUGGGGACCCUGUGCAGCCUGCUGCUCUUCACUGUGCUCUGGAUGGACUUGGCCAUGGCGGGCUCCAGCUUCCUGAGCCCUGAAUACCAGAAAGCCCAGCAGAGAAAGGAGUCCAAGAAGCCACCAGCCAAACUGCAGCCCCGAGCUCUCGAAGGCUCGCUCCGCCCAGAAGACAGAAGUCAAGUGGAAGGGGCAGAGGAUGAGCUGGAGAUCCAGUUCAACGUCCCCUUUGAUGUCGGAAUCAAGCUGUCGGGGGCUCAGUACCACCAGCACAGCCAGGCCCUGGGGAAAUUUCUUCAGGACAUCCUCUGGGAAGAGGCCAACGCAUUACAACGCACCACCUCCAACAUCACCACUGUGGAAGAAAAGCCAUCUUCCACGGCCCUGGCGGGAGGGCAGACUCUGAAUUUUGACUUGGCCUCUUGCUUUUCAGAGGCCCUGGCAGACGAGUGA